AUGUAUAAACCAUUAACGGAUGAUAAGUCCGACCAGGAAGCUGCAGAUAGGGCGUUGGGUUUUAAUAUUGCUUGGAUUUUGGAUCCUGUCGUGUUCGGAGAUUACCCUCCAGAAAUGCGUGGCUAUCAUGGAAGUGAAUUGCCGAGGUUUUCUCCAGAGGAAAGAGUGCUGUUAAGAGACAGUAUCGACUUUAUUGGGCUAAACCAUUAUGCCAGCCUUUACGCAAAGGAUUGCAUAAAUUCUGAAUGCAUAUGCAAUGAUUCUAGCUGUAUCCAGGGUAGCGAUCGUGCAAUUUGGGGAUUUGUGUACGCUACUACACAGCGAGAUGGUGUUCCAAUCGGAGAACCAACAGGAAUGUCUCUAUCUUUUGUUGUUCCAAGAGGCAUGGAAGACAUGAAGAGAUUGUCAGCUAUACUAAGAAGAGAUACCAUAACAAACCUAUGUUAUUCGUCACCCGAUAAAUCAGUCGAGGACUAUGAGCAUGAUGUCAAGCGAAUCGAUUAUCAUAAAUCAUAUCUUGCAUUUCUCGCUCGAGCUAUAAGGGAUGAGGCCGACGUUCGGGGAUAUUUUAUAUGGAGCUUGAUGGACGAUUUUGAAUGGAUUAAUGGAUAUAGCUUGAGAUAUGGACUCUAUCGUAUUGAUCCUCGAACCUUGAAUAGGAUACCAAAGCUAUCUGCUAAUUGGUAUAGAGAUUUCUUGAAUAGUCAUAGUUUGAAUGACAUUUAUAUAUAG